AUGACCUUUGCCAUGAAGAAGAUCUUAGGGGCUAAGAAAAAGACACCCCUGGGUUUCUGCGAUGGCCCACAGAUGACCGCCUCUGAGUUUUUCUUCGGUGACUUUCCAAACUAUCCAAAAUACCAUACAACAUACAGACCCGUGGGGCAGAUCCACCGGGUUGCCGCUGAGGGCGAUGCAGCCCGGAUGGAGAUUCUCAUCACGCUUGGGCAGUGCAGCGUGUAUGACCGAGACCACAAGAACAGGACGGCCUUGCAUUUUGCCUGUGUCUAUGGCCGGCUGCCAGUGGUGACUGUUCUAAUGAACAACAAUUGUGAGAUCGAUGCCUUUGACAAGAACCACAUCACACCUCUGAUGAAGUCUGUCCAGUGCUGGAAGCAGAAGUGCGCGGCUCUCCUGCUGGAGCACGGUGCCAACCCGAACCUUGUCGACAACAGUGGGAACUGCGCCUUACACUAUGCUGUGUUCAACGGGCACGAAGAGAUGGCGGCGCUGCUGCUUAAACACAAUGCUGAUAUCGAACAGAAAACCAAGGACGGCUUCACACCACUUUUGCUGGCACUCAGAGAAAAGAGGACAGAGGUGGCAGAGUUUUUAGUGAAGAACGGAGCAGAUAUUCAUGUUGUAGAUGACAUGCAAAGAAACACCUUGAUGUAUGCUAUAAGAUGUGGAUCAAAAGAAAUGGCCACAUUACUCCUUGAGGAAGGUAUUGAUUUCCUAUACAAGGAUGUCUUUGGCUGGACGGCAUUACGCUACGCUAUUGAAGGCCAUUGUACUUUUAGACAGAUACUUUUGGAUUUUGAAGAAAAAAUGCACAAUAACAAAAAAGAUAACAAACCAGAAAUUGAACCCAAGACCUCCUGCAUUUUAGUAGAGAAAACCGAUUGUGGAAGUGAUUCAUUAGCAAGGCUUUCCGACUGUCCCAGUCCUGAAACUCCCUUGCCUGAAAUGAAGGAAGACGAGUACCACUGUGAUUCCAAGAGUGUCUCAGAGGGUGCUCCUCCUAACUGUGCUGGGAAUUCGUCGUUGGCUUCAGACAAAGUAUUUGAAAACAGAGGAAAAAGAACAGUGGAAGCAUGGGCUGAAGAAGAGCUAUCUUUAAAGUCUGCCACUGACGUAAGCGAGUCUGUUCCAAAUGAAGCAGUAGAAAGGAUAGAGAUAUUGCCACCGACCCCAGAGCUAGAACUGAUGUCAGUAGAAGACGACGUAUCUGAUGAAAGUCAAAAUAUUCAACCACUGAGCACGUUGGAGCAUCUUCUACAGACAAAUGUUAGCCAUGUAUCUGGUGUAGGAUAUCAAAUGGAAAAAAAUAAUAUAAGUGGACAAAUGAAAGGUAAGAAUAGCAUUUUACUAAAAAAAUUAUGUGAUUCAAAACAGGUGACUUAUUUAUUCAAAGCAGGUGACUUCCACAUGAUACUAAAAUAUUACUUAUUAAGUAUAUAG